AUGGCCGCGGGGCUGUGCUGGUGGUGGCUGCCGCCGCUCGUGCUGCUGGCGGCGGGGGCGGCGCUGUCCGCCCCCGAUUGGGCCGACGACUGCCCCUCGUCGUGCCGCUGCAAGUGGAGCUCGGGCAAGAAGACGGCGCUGUGCCAGGACGCCGGCUUCACCGCCGUGCCGAGCGCGCUUAGCUCGGACAUGCAGGUGCUCAACCUGUCCGGCAACUCCAUCCCCUACCUCACCAAGGACGCGUUCAGGUCCGUGGGGCUGGUGAACCUGCAGCGGGUGUCGCUGCGCUCCGCCGGCCUGCGGGACGUGCACAGGGACGCCUUCCGCGACCUGCGCAUCCUCGUGGAGGUGGACCUGUCGGGCAACCACGUGCGCAGCCUGCACCCGGACACCUUCUCGGGCAACGACCGCCUGCGCUGGCUGUGCCUCAGCGGCAACCCGCUGUCGGAGCUGCGCGACUCGCAGUUCCCGGCGCUGCCGCACCUGCGCAGCCUCGAGCUGCAGGGCUGCCAGCUGCAGCUGGUGCACGAGCGCGCCUUCGCCAACCUGGCGGCGCUCGACUCGCUCAACCUGCGCGGCAACGAGCUGCGGCGCCUGGACGCGCGCGCCUUCCGCGCCGUGCCGCGCCUCAAGACGCUCGUGCUGGACGGCAACCCCUGGCGCUGCGACUGCGACCUGCGCGCCUUCCGCGCGUGGCUGGUGCCGGGCCAGCUCUACUCCGUGCACCUGCUGUGCGCCGAGCCGGAGGCGCUGCGCGGCCGCGAGUGGCAGGACCUGCCGCCGGGGGAGUUCGCCUGCGCCCCGCAGGUGCGCCUGGAGGGCGGCGCCGUCUUCCAGAGGGAGCUCGGCGGCAACGUGACCUUCCGGUGCGUGGCGCGCGGCGACCCGGAGCCCGAGGUCACGUGGCUCUUCAACGGCCGGCCGCUCGGCGCGCCCAACGGCAGCAACCCGGACGCCGCGUUCGCCGUGGACGAGGAGCUGCGGCCGCGCGAGCGCCGCACCAGCCUCAGCGUGUUCAACGUGACGGAGCUGGACGCGGGCGAGUACUCGUGCGUGGCGGCCAACCCGCGCGGCCUGGCCAGCGCCAACGCCUCGCUGGUGCUGCCGCAGGUGGUGACGGCCACCACGCUGAGCAAGGCCGAGUCGUGGCUGCUGUGGGCGGGGCUGGCGGGCGGGGGCGGCGCGGCGCUGCUGUCGGCCGCGUGCGCGCUGGCGUGCGGCUGCUGCGCGUGCGGCCGGCGCGCUUCGGCCCGCAGGAAGCGCCACCGGCGGAAAGCCAAGCUGAAGGGCAGCGUCAGCUUCACGGACCAGGAGAAGAAGCUGCUGGACGUGAGCAUCACGACGACGGAGCGGCCCUCGGGCGCGGGCAGCUGCGAGCGGCUGGGCUCGCAGCCCGAGCUGGAGCUGCUGGAGCAGUCGCAGUCCGUGCCGCUGGAGCUGUGCGACAUCACCAUCGAGAGCCACUCGGAGGGCGACGCGGGCGCGUACCCGGGCGCCGUGGCCGUGUUCCCGCCGCCGCCGGAGUUCUCGACGAGCCUGCUGCCGGCGGGCGCCUUCGGCAACAUCUUCAUCUCGGUGUCGGUGAACCAGGAGCCGGGCGGCGAGGCGCAGCGCUACCCGGACCUGCUGGACAUCGGGCACCGCGGCGCGGCCCGGACGAGCGUGAGCGUGGCCGCGGGGCCCGACGCGCCCUUCUUCGCCACGCUGCCGCGGCCCCAGGCGCGCGCCAAGGAGGGCCCCGGCCCGCAGUACGACAACAUGGGCCCGCGCGUCACCGCCGGCGGCAGCUCCACGCUGUCUCUGCCCGACGACAUCCCGCCGCCGCCGCUGCCGCCGCUCUGCUCGCCCAUGGCCGCCGAGUACGUGGCGCUGUGA